AGGACUCCAUCUGGAACCUGCCUUGGAGACCAGGACUAUGGCAGGAGACGGCCUAUUCCAUAUGGAGUCCUCUCUCUCAAUAGAGGAAAGUUCCAGAGGACAUGUGUCUUGUUCCAUCAGGAACCCUGUCCUCAAUGAGGAGAAGGAAGCCCAUGUGUCCAUGGCAGGUGGCUUCUUCUCCAGGGUCAGCCCCUGGACUGUGCUGCUGGCUGUGUUUGAUGUUCUCCUGGCUGUCGGCUUGGCAGUCACUGGUGCUGUCCUUCUGAGAACCAGGAAAGCCAAAGAGAAACUCGAUGAAGAACUUGAACAAAGAACUGCACGAGGAGAGACAGGUCUCAGAGAAGCUCGGAGAUUUGCAGAGGACAUCAAACUGGAUACGAACACUGCUCAUCCAUCCCUUGCUGUAUCACCUGAUAGGAAGCAUGUGCACACCCUGUCUACGAUGCAGGAUAUUCCUGACAAACCAGUGCGAUUUACUGUAAUGCCAUUUGUGCUCGGUCAUAAGAGCUUCUCUAGUGGCAGUCACUAUUGGGAGGUGGAAGUAGCAGGGCAGGACAGGUGGCAGAUAGGCCUCUGCUGGGAUUCAGUUAAACGAAAAGUCCUUCAUAUGUAUACCUUCCCUGAGAAUGGUUUCUGGUCCCUUUCCCUGAGUGAUGGUAGGUAUGAAGGCCUCACUGUGCCACGUUUUGUUAUUGAUGUUGAAACCCCCCCUGGUGUCGUGGGGGUGUUUUUGCGGUAUGAAAAAGGGUUGAUUUCUUUCUAUAAUGUGAAUACAUCUACCAUUCUCUAUACUUUCAAAAGCAAGUUCACCCAGCCCCUGAAGCCAUAUUUCAACCCUGGACCUCCUACCCAAAAAAGCACUCCAGGCCUUACAAUCCUCCCAGUGCCAAGUGAUUCUGAUUCGCCCUAGAGGAGUCACUCCUCAGAGGUUGAAGUAGCAGGGUGGAUAUGUGGCUAAUAGGACUCUGCUUGGAGUCAGUUAUAUGAAAAAUAACUUGUACCUAUACCUUCCCUGAGAAUGGUUUCUGGUCCCUUUCCCUGAAGGAUGGAAAAUACUAAUUUCUUUCUGUACCAGCUUAGUUAGUGAUGUUGAAGUACCCUCUAAGAUAGUGGGGAUAUUUCUGCAAUAUGAGAAAGAGUGGAUCUCUUUCUGUGAUUUGAAGGCAUCUACCAUUCCCUGUACUUU